AUGUCAUCGGGAUCACAUUUAAGCAAAGAAUUACAUGAUCUAAUAAAGUCAAUAGGAGAGACUCGUAGUAAAUAAGAGGAAGACAAAAUUAUCAUAAAAGAAGUUCAAUAAUUAAAGACUAAACUUAAUGAAAAGAACAUGCCAUCAAAAAAAGUGAAGGAAAUGCUUAUUAGAGCAAUUUAUAUUGAAAUGUUGGGGUAAAAUGUAAAAGUGAAGUAUAAAGUCAUGAUGCAUCUUUUGUACAUAUCAAUGCAAUACAUCUAACACAAUCUAAGAAUUUAGCACAAAAAAGAUUAGGCUAUUUGUGUUGUUCCUUAUUUUUGGAUAAUGAUAGUGAACUACUUAUUUUAUUGGUUGCUACACUCCAAAAAGAUCUUGCAUCAACUAAUGUUCAUAUUGUAGUAAAUGCUCUUACUGCUGUAGGAAAAUUGAUAAGCAAGACUUUUGUUAAUGCAUUAACAGAACCUGUAUUAAAAUUAUUGACUCAUAAUACUGAUAUUGUGAGAAAGAAAGUAAAUUGAAUAAUAAUAUGAUUUUAGGCAUUAAUGGUAAUGUAAAUUAUUAGAUAAUUGAAUUAAGAUUGUAUUACAGAAUAAGAUUAUGAUGAUAGAAUCAGAAGAGGUAUAUAAGACAAAGAACCAAGUGUUAUGGGAGCAGCAUUCAAUUUGUAUCAUGAAGAAUUAAAGAAAGGUGCUGUUAAUAAAUAUAAACCAUUAACAGGUACUUUUGUUUCAAUGUUAAAAUAAAUUAUAGAACAUAAACUACAUAAAGUAAAAUUUUUAAUAUAAAUAUAAUAUAGGAUUAUGAUUAUCAUAGAUUUCCUGGUCCUUGGUUAUAAAUUAAAUUACUUUAAAUUCUUACUCUUUUGGGAGCUAAUGAUUUAAAAGUCAGUGAAUAAAUUUAUGAAGUAUUGGGAUCAACAUUAAGAAGAGCUGAUGAUACAACAAUUAAUAUAGGUUAUGCUGUUACUUAUUAAUGUGUUAAAUGCAUUAGUGGAAUUUAUCCUUAAUAAGGUUUACUUGAAUAAGCAGCUAAUUCAGUAUCUAGAUUUUUAAAAUCUGAUAACAAUAAUCUAAAAUAUUUAGGAAUUAAUGCUUUAACUUAGAUUGUUUAAAUUUCAUAAAAAUAUGUAUUAGAACAUUAAAUGACAAUUGUUGAUUGUUUAGAAUCUAAUGAUGAUACAUUAAAAAAAGAAACUUUAGAAUUACUAUUUAAAAUGACAAAUGAAUAAAAUUGUGAAAUAAUUAUUCAAAAAUUGAUUCAUUUUCUUAAAACAAGUUCAGAUUCUAAUUUUAAAAAGGAUUUAUUUAUUAAAAUAUCUUUAUUAAAUGAAAAACAUGCACCUACUUAAGAAUGGUUUAUUAAGACAGCUAAUACAUUAUUUGAAUUUGGUUCUGAAUUUAUAGAUAAUGAUGUCAGAAAUAAUUUCUUUAAAUUAUUAAUAGAUAAUUUUAAUGAUAUUGGAACAGAAUUUGGUGAAUUCAUAACUGAUAUCUAUUCUGAUUUAUUAAAAAAUGAUUUGUAAGAUAAUAUAUUGAAAAUUGUUUGUUGGGUUAUUGGUGAAAUUGGUUCAUAAAUAUAUGAUUAAAAUCCAAAUAAAUUAAAUGAAUUAACUUAAUUAGUAAUCAUGAAAUUAGAUUCACAAUUAGAAUCUGAAACAACCAUAUCAUGGAUAUUAACAUGUUUAGCUAAAUUAUAAUCAGCAAGAGCAUUUUAAAUGUUUGAUUAAACUAGAGCAAUCUUUUAAAAAUAUAUGUAAUCAAAAAAUCUAGAUUGUUAAUAAAGAGCAAUUGAUUUCUUUACUCUUGCUAAAUUUAAUGCAGCCCUUAAAGGUUCUCAAUAUAUUACUAUAGAUCCCAAAAUGUCAUUCUUAGAUGCUUAUGUUUAAUAAGAAAGAUUACGUGGGGCUUAACCUUAUAAUCCUUCAUUAUAAGUUAAAGCAGCUGCCUUAGGUUCAGCAACAGAAGCACCUUCUCUUAAUUUUGGACCUUAUAGUGAUAAUAAAUAUGGAAGUGUCAAAACUGGUACAUUUGGUGUAGAAGAAAAUAAAACAACAAAUUAGAAUUCAACUGUUCCAACUAUAGCAGGACCUUGGGAUGAUACAGGAUAUAAUUAAAAAUAACCAUCUGUUGCUAAACCAGUAAUUGCUGCUCCUAUGGCUAUAGGUUCAACAGUUGGCAUUAGUAGUAAUGGAAGUAAUUAAACAACAACAACUAAAACUACUAUGUAAUCUAUGGGUAGUGGAUAAAUGGGUGUGAAUACUAAUCAAACUCAAAAUAAUUAUAUUCCACCUGUUAAACCUCUACCACCAAAAGAAGAUCCAAACUUAAAAGAAAAGUAGAAAUUAGCAAAUUAAUUAUUUCCUUCCUUCUCUUAAACUUAACAAUAACCUCAGUAAUUAUAUGUAUUUAUAGAAUAGAUAAACUUAAAAAAAAGGUAUUACAGCAAUGGCUACAUAAAAACCUAUGAAUGCAAAUCCAACUUAAGUACCUUAAUCAAAACCACCUGCAUAAGUUAAUAAUUUAUUAGAAAUUGAUGACUCUUUACCAAUUUAAUAGUCAGUCUCAAGUGUUUCUUAAGUAAAUGUUCAAUAACCUUAAAUAAUAACUCAAAAAACAGUUGUGCCUUAAUAAUUACAACCAUAAUAAUAGUGGUCACAAUCUACUCCAGUAUAGACAUUUCCAUAACAAUAAAUUAAAUCAUAUAUACCAGCAAAUAUCAAUGUUGAUUAAUAUGAAUAAUUAUGGGAAAGAAAUCAAAAUAUUAAAGAAGUCACUUUGCAAAGUAAGAUUAAAUCAGAAUAAGAUUUUAAAAAGAUGAUAUAAACAAUUAAUAUUAAUGUAAUAUUGAAUAUUUAUUUUAGGUUAUUGAAGUGAUAGAAUAAGAAAUUAUUUGUGCUGGUGCCAAUGCAGAAAGUAAGAGUUGUGUAUUAUUAUAUGGUUGUUACAAUUAAAAUGGAUCUUUGGAUUUAAAAAUUAAUACUACAGAUCCAAAGGAUGGUGAAUAUAUUUUAGCUCUAAUCAAGAGAUAAUUCUGUUGA